CGUUUGUAGUUCAAUAAUUUAUUUGUCUAAUUUUUGGUCAAUGGGAAAUGUAUCAGACAGAGAUCACUACUUACAGGUAGUCGACGUUACCGACGGUGGUGCCUGCCCUAACCUCGUUUUUGGGUGCACAAUUGCUCUCUGCAUCAUACUUUACCCGUGGUUAGUCGAGGCGACGUUCCCUCGUGGCGUCUAGGAGAACUUGUCACCAAUACCCUCCCCUGUAUCGUACCUUAUUCCCAUAUCUAUCAGUCACAUGUGACACACGUGAGAAUAAAACGAAAAAAUGGGAAAACUCAACGUUACGAUGUUACGUUACUUAACCAAAGAGGAUUUUCGAGUCCUGACAGCUAUCGAAAUGGGAAUGAAGAAUCACGAGCUGGUGCCAGGUUCCUUAAUUGCCCAAAUCGCUAAUUUACGUCAUGGGGGAGUACACAAGUUGCUGAAGGAGCUGAGCAAACACAGAUUAGUCAGUUAUGAGCGAGGAAAGCACUAUGAUGGAUAUCGUUUGACAAACGCUGGUUAUGACUAUCUCGCACUUAAGGUCCUGGUGGCGCGUGGGGUAGUCUCAUCAUUUGGAAAUCAAAUAGGUGUUGGAAAGGAAUCUAACAUUUAUGUUGUGGCGAAUGAAGAGGGCAAGCCAGUCUGUCUGAAAUUGCACAGACUGGGUAGGACGUGCUUCAGAAACAUCAAGGGGAAGAGGGACUAUCACAAGCACAGGAAAUCAAUGUCCUGGCUUUAUCUGUCGAGGAUAUCAGCGACUAGGGAAUUUGCUUACAUGAAGGCCCUCGAGGACAGGGGUUUCCCGGUGGCCAAAGCCAUUGACUUCAAUCGACACUGUGUUGUGAUGGAUCUGAUCGAGGGAGGACCUUUAUGUGGAGUUCAUGAGGUUGAUAAUGUUGAAGACCUCUACGAUCAACUGAUGGACCUGAUUGUGAGAUUUGGCAAUCAUGGAGUCAUCCAUGGAGACUUUAACGAGUUUAACAUCAUGAUCACCGACGAAGGAAAACCGAUAGUCAUAGAUUUCCCCCAGAUGAUUUCAACUGAGCACGUUAAUGCCGAGUAUUACUUCGAGAGAGAUGUCAAGUGUGUCAGGGAUUUCUUCAGACGUCGGUUUGGAUAUGAGAGUGAACUGUACCCAUCUUUCAAGGAUCUGGCUCGUGAAGACUGCGUAGACGUUGAGAUAAAGGCAAGUGGUCUGACAAGGCGGAUGGAGAAAGAUCUGCUGAUUGAAAUGGGGAUAGAAGAGGAGGAAGAAGCCUUUGAGGAUGCCCUGGACGACUCCACGGCUCUUCACGACGAAAAAGUAGAUAUUCUCCCGGACGAUUUCGAUGAGCAGCAGGAUGUACACUCACAGCACCAAACAGUAGCUUCAGACUCUUUCCAAAAUGAAAUCACGAUUGGAAUACAAAAUGAAAGAACAGAAGAGCCAAAUGAAAUUGAACUUGGGAGAGACGAUGAGCUGAAUGAUGUCGUUCCAGAAUUGGUAAAUCUCUCGAUGGCAGUGUGCAGGUCGGACUUUGACGAUGUGAGAAGUGUUAGGAGCGUCUCCACUGUGGCGACAAUACCACCCGACGUAAUAAAGGAGCGGGCGAGACUCGCUCUACAAAAGAGAAAUAAAAAAGCCCAGUCUAGGAAGGUUGUGGCUAAGGGAGAGGCCAGUGCGACCACUCGAAUUCGUCGUGAGAACAGGGACAAUAUUCAACAGUCAACGGGGGGCUUCUGGGGCGGUGAUUAGGGGUCAGAAUGUCUGUUAUUCUGUUCUGAAAUAAAUUUUUUCCACUUAAAUAUUAUUAUUUAGCUCAGUGGCUGUAUUUUGAAACAUUAAAAAAAGUCAAGUUGUAAUUUACAUACGUUUAGAGAGAUAGUUUAUUUUAAACGAAUAAUUCUUUGGUGAAGUGCUGAAAUGAGCUCAGAUAAUUUGUAUUUAGCGGUAUCUUUUUAUAAAUAAAUCGAAAUCCUGAGGAAAUCAUUUUAUCACUUCACUGCGGGAUUCUCUUAUUAUUGUUAAAAAUGAGGGAAUCAAUAAAAUCAUUGAUUAAGGAUGAUAUUAACUAAUGAAAAGCUUAAAAACGAUGAAUUAAGGUAAUUAAUUCAUUAUUUAAUUAACACUUUUCUUAGCUGUUCAAAUAUUUUUUCUUUUUCGAAUAUUUUAAAGCACAAUCAUAUUGAAAUUUAUGUAUCUGCAGUGAUACUUUACUAAAUUUGAAUAAUUUUUUAAUUACUCUAAAUAAAGAACGAAAAAGGAAAAAAUCGCAUUUUCCAAUUAUCAAUUUAGAAAAUUAAUAUUAAAUAAAAUGACCAACUCAUAAUUCAAUCACAGCUUUUCUUCACCAUCCAAAUUAUCUUCGUUUCAAAAAAAUUUUUAAAUAUUAUGCUCUCUGAAAAAUUAUAAUUCUAAUCAAUUAAUAUCUUCCAAAAGCGAUUAUCAGAGGAGACUUUAAUUAAUAAUUUUUAGCGGUAAUUUUGUUUUACGUUUGAGUAAUUGUUAAAUGAACAAUAAACUAACUAUCAUUUCUAUAAAUUUUUGUUAUCGUCUUCAUAAAAAAAAAUUACAUGAUUGUGGAACUGAUGUUGGCAAUCAUUAAUUUUUAAUUCCACAUGUUACUCAACAGCGAUAACGGUAGUAUUUGCGCGACCUGUUUCGUGGAGAACACGAGCACCAGUCGGUGUUCAUUCUCUCACUGAACAUCGAACAAUCACAAGUGUUUCCAAUUUUCUGAUUUCGUUGCCAAGAAAUAUUGUGAUUAUGGCAGGCAAUAAUUUAACAGCUGUGCUCUAUGGCAUCAACGACAUCAGACUGG